AUGCAUGCAAAUCGUUGUAUUGUAUAUUAUGAUAAAUAUAUCGAUUGUAAAAUUCGAGCACCAAUUACGAUACAAGCAAUUAAUAAUCGAUUAACUUAUAUGUUUCAUUGUAUUGAACGUCGUCUAUAUUUACAAUCUAAAGUUUAUCGACAACAUCCUAAAUUAAGAGAAAAUGUUAGAACAUUUAAUGAUAUUAAUCAAACGACUAUUUAUACGACUAAUUUACAUCCUAAUAGUUGCUAUUGUGUGCGUUUUCAUUGUCGUCGUCAUGGAUCAUUUGAUACAAUUAGCGAUGUUGAAUGUAAUAGAUAUCAAACUUUAAAAUUUGUGUAUGAAUUGUGUUAUAAGUAUUUUUAUAAGCAUGCUUUGUCUCUUAUUCUUCGUUAUUAUCGCCUUAUUAAAUUAGAAUUGCAUCAGACAACGACAACAAAAAACGGCAAUGUUCUUUGA